CACCGUCGCCACCAUUUCCACUCCUCCAGAUCCACCCUCCGUCCUCCUCCACCUCCCCGCUGCCAGCGUGCUUCCUCCCCGCCCCAACCACCCCGGCAGCCAGAUCCCGCGAGCUCCCACCCCCACGCCCCUCCCGUGCGCGCGCUCGCGCGCGCCCUCCCCGAGAUCCCAAGCUGGAUACCGUCGAGAAGAUCGUGGAGGACUUCGCCUCGGACAUGGCCCUCAACCCCUUCUCCUCCGGCACCCGCCUCCGGGACAUGAUACGGGCGAUACGCGCGAGCAAGACGGCGGCGGAGGAGCGGGCGGUGGUGCGGCGGGAGUGCGCGGCGAUACGGGCGGCGAUCAGCGGGGACGGGCAGGACCUGCGGCACCGCAACAUGGCCAAGCUCAUGUUCAUCCACAUGCUCGGCUACCCGACCCACUUCGGCCAGAUGGAGUGCCUCAAGCUCAUCGCCGCCGUCGGCUACCCGGAGAAGCGGAUCGGCUACCUCGGCCUCAUGCUGCUCCUCGACGAGCGCCAGGAGGUCCUCAUGCUCGUCACCAACUCGCUCAAGCAGGAUCUCAACCACUCGAACCAGUUCAUCGUGGGGCUCGCGCUGUGCGCGCUCGGGAACAUCUGCUCCGCCGAGAUGGCCCGGGAUCUGGCGCCUGAAGUGGAGAGGCUGAUGCGAAGCAGGGAUGCUAAUACAAAGAAGAAGGCUGCUUUGUGCUCUGUAAGGAUUGUAAGAAAAGUCCCGGAUUUGGCGGAAAACUUCAUGGGUCUCGCUGUAUCAUUACUGAAGGAAAAACACCAUGGGGUUUUGAUAUCUGCAGUUCAGCUCUGCACUGAGUUGUGUAAAGCCAGCAAAGAUGCACUGGAGUACCUGAGAAAGAACUGCAUCGAAGGUCUGGUCCGAAUACUUAGAGAUGUCUCCAAUAGUUCAUAUGCUCCUGAGUAUGAUGUUGCUGGCAUUUCGGAUCCUUUCUUGCAUAUCCGGGUUCUUAAACUUAUGCGUAUGUUGGGUCAAGGUGACGCAGAUUGCAGUGACUAUAUGAAUGAUAUUCUCGCUCAGGUCGCAACAAAAACUGAGUCAAACAAGAAUGCUGGAAAUGCCAUCUUAUAUGAAUGUGUUGAGACUAUAAUGGGUAUUGAAGCUACUAGCGGUCUACGUGUCCUGGCUAUUAAUAUUCUGGGUAGAUUCUUGUCAAACCGCGAUAACAAUAUAAGAUAUGUUGCUCUGAACAUACUUAUGAGGGCCAUUACAGUAGAUUCACAAGCCGUACAGAGGCACAGGGUGACAAUAUUGGAGUGUGUAAAGGACGCCGAUGCCUCCAUUCGCAAAAGGGCCCUGGAUCUUGUUUAUUUGUUGGUCAAUGAUACAAAUGUAAAGCCUCUGACCAAAGAGCUCGUCGACUACUUACAAGUAGCUGAUCCAGACUUCAAAGAGGAUCUCACAGCCAAGAUAUGCUCCAUAGCUGAAAAGUUUUCUCAAGAAAAGUUAUGGUAUCUUGAUCAGAUGUUCAAGGUUUUAUCCCUGGCUGGAAAUCAUGUGAAAGAUGAUGUGUGGCAUGCCCUUAUUGUUGUAAUAAGCAAUGCGUCUGAACUUCAAGGAUACUCAGUGAGAUCAUUAUACACGGCUUUACAAGCAUACAGUGAACAGGGAAGUUUACUGAGAGUAGCUGUUUGGUGCAUUGGUGAAUAUGGUGAAAUGCUAGUGAACAAUGUUGGCAUGCUUGAAGCUGAGGGACCAAUCACGGUAACAGAAUCUGAUGCUGUGGAUGCUGUUGAGCUAGGUCUUAACCGUUACUCUGCAGAUGUGACAACUAGGUCUAUGUGUCUAGUUGCACUUUUGAAGCUCUCCUCACGGUUUCCAUCUAUGUCGGAGAGGAUAAAACAAAUAGUUGCCCAGAAUAAAGAGAAUAUGGUGCUUGAACUACAGCAAAGAUCAAUUGAAUUCGGUUCCAUUAUACAAAGACAUCAGUCUAUCAGGUCAUCUUUGCUUGAACGUAUGCCUGUACUGGAUGAAGCUACUUAUCUUGUGAAGAGGGCUAGUGCUACACAAGCAACUAUUCCAGCAUAUAAGCCUGCAGCAGUCACUCCUGGAGGCCUUAAGCUUCCUAAUGGUGUAGCAAAACCUGCUGCAGCUCCAUUAGUUGAUUUGCUUGAUUUAAGUUCUGACGAUGCACCAGUUACUUCCGCUGCUUCUGCUACUACAGCACCUAGUGAUUUUCUACAAGACCUUUUGGGAAUUGGUGGGACAAAUUUAUCAACUGCAGGAGCACCUUCAUCUGCAAGCACAGAUAUUCUAAUGGAUCUUCUAUCCAUGGGAUCGUCUCCAUCACAGAAUGGUCUGCCAGCUCCAGCCCAAGAGAAAAAACCUGUUUCUGCUGCACCUCAAGUUGGUUCUCUUGUACCUGAACCUAUGGAUCUACUCGGCAGUUUGUCAUCAAGUGCAUCUAUUUCUGGAACUAAAUCCACUAUUGCUGCACCUCAAGCUGUGGAUCUGCUUGACGGUUUGUCACCAAGUACAUCCGUUUCUGGACUUGAAGAUACUCGCCCGUCAAUAACGGCUUUCCAGAGUGCAACUUUGAAGAUCACCUUUGAUAUCAGAAAACAGCCUGGAAAGCCACAAGAGGCUACCAUCCAUGCCACUUUUACAAAUUUGACAUCUAGCAAUUAUACAGAUUUCAUUUUUCAGGCAGCUGUUCCAAAGUUCAUUCAAUUGCGACUGGAUCCAGCUAGCGGUAACAUUGUUCCAGCUAACGGGAAGGGUUCAGUCACACAAGGUUUCAGUGUCACGAAUAAUCAGCAUGGGCAGAAACCGCUUGCAAUGCGUAUCCGGAUGUCUUACAAAGUGAACGGCGAGGACAGGUUGGAACAAGGCCAAGUCAGCAAUUUUCCACCUGGAGUAUAGUGCCAUUUGUGUGUAACCUAUGUUUUGUUGUGAUAGUUAUGUUCAUUUCAUGUGUUCGGGGCAGAGGGGAGAUUCUAUCUCUUGUUAUACUUUUUCGGCUCCUGUUCCCCAUUUGAGGGCACUUAAACAGAUAGUCCGGCUUGCCCAUCAUUGUCUCAAUAUAUAGUGUAUAGUAGUUACAGCAGUGUAAAAUAUUUGGAAUCAUCAUAAUGUAUUUUCAUGCAUGUGUAUUUCACAUUCAAAGAUAAUCAAAAUUAUUCGGCCUGCCCUUUUGAGUUA